AUGGUGACUAGACUUGCAACCUUCUGCAAGAAUGCCUGGGCCAAGGACCCGGUGCUGGUCAUGGCCUUCACCAUCGCUGGCCGUGCUGUAAUUCUGCCCCCAUUAAGCCCUUACACCAAGUAUGCCGCCAUGAUCAAUGAAGUCAACCCCUACAGCUACCCAGUGCCCCUCCAAGAUGAUGGGAACAUGCCUGAUGUGCCCAGUCACCCCCAAGGUCCCAGUCUGGAGUGGCUGAAGAAACUGUGA